ACCGGCGAUCGGAGGCCGCGCCGGGCACGAAUCGUCUGAGCUGUCGAGCCCAUCAGAGCUCCCGGGUAUUCCAGAACGAGUAGCUCCCUAUCUCCAACGGUACGACCAGAGCAACUCGUUCGCGAUGGCUUGCAAUCGAAGCGCCGACAUGCUGCUAUCCGGCGCUGAGACAGAGACUGUCAGGGUACUCGAAGAAGGGCGUGUCGGAUGCUAUUGUGCUACGACCGGAAACUAGUCGGAUCGGAGCUCGUGAGAGACGCAGAUCAAAUGUUGAGACAGCUUGAGCCUGAUCGCUUGACGAAGGGAGGACAAUGAAUGCCGGACAAGAGGAAACUGGCGACUAGGAUAGCUGGAAUUACGAGGACCGCCAACCUGCGCCACGCCGAAACAGUGCCUUUGGAGCUCAGCAGCAGCAAGCGCGAUGCCGCGUGGAGCGGUCCUUCUCCUGGCGAAUCACUUGGGUACCGGAAUUUGACUUCCGUGAGCUCACGGUGUCGAGCCCUGCGAAUCAAAGAAUCAGUGACGCGGAAAAGAACAAAGGCCAACGCUAACUCAAAUUCCGUGUUCAUCUCUCAAGGCCUACGAGAGGGAGCCUCUGGCCGAACGCGCAUGUCUUGCUCAGCAAACGUAAACGUCCGCACAACCUCG